AGGACACAUGGACUCAAAGAGGAAGAAACUGUGGCUAAAGGAGGCGGAGUCCAAAAAGAAAAGGGCUCCUCGACACUUCCCUCGGUUCAAUGGAUUCGGUACUUUCUAUUAAUCAUAUACUGAUUUCAACGAAACGUGGCAUUAGCUCACCCUUGAAAUGCAUCAUUGAACCCACUGUAUCCCCUCCUGUGUGUCAGCUGCCGUGCAGAGGAUCACUCGCUGCCCAAAACACUUUGUUGUUCUGUUCGGCUGAGCUCUGUGGAUUCAGCUUUUUAAUUCAUCUCCUGUGAUUGGACGUUUCCAAUUUUUGUGUGUCGAGUUGAAAAGAGUUCAGGUGGAGAGAGAGUCAUCGGAGAGGAUGAGUGAAGGUCAAGAUAUUUAGUGCAUCCUUUUAAACAUAGUGCUGCAGAUAGCUGUAACUGAAGUGGACCGCAAUGUCCAUGUUCAUCCCUCUAAAAAAAGACCACCAAUUUCUCCUUCAUUUCCAGCCGGUAAAAGCCGACUUUUAAACAGAUGUUAAACAACUGGAUUCAUUUAGGUGUUGAGUUAUAUGUUGCUGACUAUUGGGAAGUCAAAUGUUCUAUUUAGAGACAUCUGCUUUUCUGUGUCGUUUUAAACACAAAUUGUUGUUGUUGUUGUUGUUUGGGACACUUAAAGGUGGGGUAUGUAAUUUUGGAGAAAGCAGCUCGAGUGCGCUAGAAUUUGAAAAUACACAGCUGGAACAAAUCUACCACUUCCUCACAGAGCCCCUCCUCCAACACAUACGAACGCGCACAUGACCAAUGAGGCACGAGAUAAGUUUGUGCACAGAUGGAAGGCUGACAGGCAGGUAGGCCAUCCAGUUACUUUAGCCGGCUCAGAUGAUUGGACGAGCUUUUUACAGCG